AAAGAGAAAGAGAGUGAGUGAGUGAGAGAAGUAGAGAAGAUGGGAAAAAAGGCCAAUUGUGAGAAUCAAUAUGCUAUGAACAGAGGUCCUUGGUCUGCUGAAGAAGACAAAAUUCUUAUGAACUACGUUCAAGUCCACGGAGAAGGUAAAUGGAGAGAGCUUUCCAAAAGAGCAGGAUUGAAAAGAUGUGGCAAGAGUUGUAGACUUCGAUGGCUGAAUUAUCUAAAACCAGAUAUUAAGAGAGGAAACAUUUCUUCUGAUGAAGAAGAUCUCAUUAUCAGAUUACACAAACUCUUAGGGAAUAGAUGGUCUCUAAUUGCGGGACGAUUACCAGGGAGAACAGACAAUGAAAUUAAGAACUACUGGAAUACUUAUUUGAGAAAGAAGGUACAGCAGAAGCACAAUAUUCAAAACGAUGUUGUUGGCCACGACACCAAAAAUUCCUUGGGUGAUGUUCUUGAUCCUUCAAAAUCCCCUCACCCGAUGAUGAUUAAACCGAAAUCGAUGAGGUGUACCAAGGUUAUGAUGCCGGGCAAUGAUUCGGUGAACGCGAUGAAUUUCAUCAGAACGACCUGGGACCAUAACGCUUCUGCAUCCAUGCCACAAGAUGAACAUAACCACUGUUUUACCGGUGUUCUUCAAGACUUUGACAUCAGUGAUUUGUUAAUGUCGUACGAGGAUGAUUGUCGUUUCAAUGGCUAUGCUUGUGUUGAAAUACCCCAACAUAUUUUUGAAGAUCAGACAUGGAGGCUUGAUGAUUCCAUGGUUGACGAAGCCUGGUACGAGAAUUGGAAGCACGACACCUACUUUUCGCAAGAACAAGAUAUGGACAUGGAUAUGGGCUUUUCUUCGUUUUAAAAGUGGACAAAAUUUAGGUACAUUACUUUAAGUGCUUUUGAUAUUGUUCUUUAAUCAAAAUUAGAAUUUCAUUUUAGUAUCAUCUGCAAUAAAGGCUGAAUUUAAAUGUU